UACUCCCCGGAUACUUGUAACCGCAUAUGUCUCUUUUCUUUUUUGCUUGUGUAGGACUAUAUCCGUCCACGGGCUAAAAGUGUCUCGUGCCGCCUAGGAUUCCGCGGAUGCCGAGAUGCACGCAGAACCCGCGCGAGACGUCCAAGUGAUGAUGGCGUACGGGCCGUUCUCACCCAUCGUCUGACCCUGUUUCGUUGGAUUGGCGGAGACAAAUGCCCAUCACCCCUCUCUCUCUCCCUUUCUCUCUCUUUGCCUGCACGGGUCGCGGUGUAUAAACAGCAUGGCUAACGCGCAUUCCAAUCAGUCUAAAUAUAUCCAUUAGAGAGCUACAGCAAGGACGAGCUGGUGGGCUACAAUCGUGAUCCUUCCUGCGACAACUUGUCAUCUGGGAUCUCUCUUAUACUUAAAACGCCUUGAAAACACAUUGUCAACAUAGGCGUUGGUGGCAUCUCUCUGGACCCGAGGCCGACAUGCCCUCCUCAAGCAACAGCGUGAGAUCUCGGACGCGGGACCGCAACAAUGUGCUGGGCAGACCCGAGUUCAUGUCCCUGAACCAGCCCAUGCGGACCGGAGCGCCCGCCGCCGAGAACCGAGCCAGCUCCAGGAGGCUGUCGGCGAUCAAGCCCCAGACCAGUCAGUCGAACGAAGAGCCCGCUGACACCGCCGGCGUCAACAAUAACAACAAGGACAAGGACAAAAAGGAGCCUGGCAAAAUGCCCGAGGAAGACUGCAUGCUGCUGAACCCCUCCUUCAAGGGGAUAGCCAUGAACGCGCUGCUAGCCAUCGACAUCAGUCUAUCCAAGCGCAUGGGGGUCUGCGCCUACACCUCGUCUUCCUGGGGGGGCUGCCGCUCCAUGGUCGCCCUGCUCGAGCUCACCGGCUUCGGCAUCACGUGGAUCAUUGGCACUAUCGUGUGUCUCACGAGGAGUAACACGCUUGCCGGACAGGAGGUUCUGGUCAACCUGCUACUGGCGCUGCUUCUGGACGUGCUGACCAUCGCGGGGGUCCAGCGGCUGGUGAAGCGGCGGGGGCCCUGGGAGAUGACCCCCGGCUUCCUGGACUACGUGUCCAUGGACAUGUACUCUUUCCCGGCGGCGCACGCCAGCCGCGCCGCCAUGGUCUCCAAGUUCCUGCUGUCCCACCUGGUGCUGGCCGUGCCUCUGCGCAUCUUGCUGGUGCUCUGGGCCUUCCUGGUGGGCGUGUCCCGGGUGAUGCUGGGCAAGCACCACCUCACGGACAUGGUGUGCGGCUUCGUGCUGGGGCUCCUCCACUUCAGCCUGAUGGAGAACGUGUGGCUCUCCUCCGGCACCUGCCAGACUCUCAUCUCCAUCAGCACCUUCAGCUGGGGCGCCUUCAGUUAGACGGCGGGUUGGCCCGGUUAGGUAGUGGCUGCUGGGCACGGAAGCUCUGCUUGGACCGUGAAGGAGCUAUGACGGGGGGUUUUGACGCGUAACCAUGUGGUCCUAAGAUUGGUAGUCUUGUAGCUUAGCUUUACACCGCAAACGAUUCUGUAGCGUGGUUCACACAGCGUGAACGAUGCUAUUAGACUCAGGUUUUUCAGGGCUGUGAGGCUUUCCGAGUUUUUUUUUUAAUCCUUGUAUUCCUAAGAAUAGAUGGAAGACUUUGUAGCGUAGCUUUACGAUGUAAAGGUUUCUGUAGCAUAUUUUUACCCAAUGUAAACUAUGCUACGAUUCUCUGGGUUUUAAAGCUGCGGUCUACAGUUUACAGCAAUGUAUUGUAUAAAGAGAUGUGUUAAGGUGUGGUUAAGUUCCUCAUAAACGCUUCUUUGUCAUGCAAAGAGAUCCAAAAGUCAUGACAUCAUUCAUAGUACAGUGAAUUUCUUUUAAGUUGUGAGUUACUUAUCAUUAAAUCUACCCACAUACCUCGAAGCUCGUUAUAGAAUAAUUCUGCUAAAGGAACAGUGUAUGUAUCACUGAUGUAUCCUUGUUAAAGUUUAAAUCAACAUUUUAUGAAAGUUUUAAGUUUAUGUUUUACUUAAAACAAUAAGUACUUUAGAUACUUUCCGGCUCUUGGCUGAAAGUAUUAAGUCUGUUUUUGCAUGAAAUACUUUCACUUCUUGUUUCUUCUUUUUCCUGUUUUUAUUUUUUUAAUUUCCUCUUCUUCUUUGCCUUGUUACUCAACAUAUGUGUAGUUAAGAAAUAAAUACACGUUUUAAGGUUAAAUAUGCUGAUAAAAUAAGCUAUUCUGAUAUUCAAAUGACAAAGGCUUUAUUUUCUGUAAGUAAAUAUGUUAAGUUGUGGUAUUACCCAUACCCAAUGCCUGUCCUUCACAUAUGUGUAACAUUUUAUUGUUAAUAUUUGGUUGAAAUGUUCUUUAUGCAAAAAAUAUACAUCAUAUUAAUGAUUCAUUUAUUUUGGAAAGUUCCCCUCCAUGAUUUCUAGGCUUAAUGUAAUUUAACUUUGUUGCCCUAUCUUCCACUCUCGUUCUCUAUCUCUUCUGCAGUCUAUGCAUUGGCUUAACAGCUGAACACACUCAGUUUGUACGUGUGGUUAACUGGCUGCUCCACUCAACGACUAAAGUGCGUUAGUGGAUUUCUGUGAGACUUUCAUUGCGCAUGGUUUUGAUUAGUGUUUUAGAAGUGAAUGACUCUGUUUUUUGUAACUGUUCAUUGAAGAUUAACCUAUUAGCCUACUUCUAUUUCUAACUUUGUAUUGAAUAACCAUGAAUCUAUAGGCUUAACAGGAUAUUAUUGUAGCAGAAUGUUUUAUUGAAAAACUUGUCUUAUGCAUCUGCAUGUUUUGUUUGCUAUGUAGAGUUUUUAUGGAGCGUUUCCCUGUUUUUCUUUUAUAAUAAUUGAGUUUGAGUUGAGUUGAUCUUUUAAAAAGCCUUCUUUAUUAUCUAUUUUUUUGUAUUUGUGCAUGCAUAUAAAAUAUGUUAUUGGCAAUCAUACGAUUGUUUUUCUUUCUUUUGAAUUUGAUUUUAUGUGUGUGAGUCUGUACAUGGAUACUUGAUUCUGCAUCAGAUCACUCAUGCUAGCAGUUACGCAGGUGCUGAUGAGAAUGUGAGUUAUUUUGAAAGAAACAAGUGCACCAAAAGUCACUGUUAUGGUUGUAGAAUCAGUAUGAUUAGAUGAUGCAUUCUUUGUGAUUUGGGUGCAUGAGAAACCAAAAGAUUACUAAGGUAAUUCUGUAGGCGUAGUGCAAAAUUCCGAAGAGUUGAGACAAAGGUAUACACGUUGUGGUUAUUAAUAAAGCCUCAUCUCCCUCAUUCUGAUCUCUGACACUUGAAGAUGAAACAAAAACUGAUCUUAGAAUCUGAAUGAUCAGGGUCAAGAGUUCAGUUUGAUUGUAAAGUUUUGAGGAGAACAUUUUUAUUUUUUUUUCUAUGGUUGUACAAUACUAAUGUUUAGGUAAUUUGCACCCCAUACAAAUUUCUCUAGAUUAAAUAUUUUAAUCUUGAAAAUUACCUUUCUGAAUACAUUCCGAAAAAUAUAAACAAUUUGUCCUCUUAAAUGACAAAUGGGGAUAAGGGGUUAACGCACACGACACCAAUGUCUCAACACUAACAUCUGAAACUUAAACUGAAUUUUUAUCAGCUGCCAGUCUUCAAUUCCCCAUAGUCUUACCACAAGUCAUGUGACAGGAAACGGUGUAAAGGCCUACCUUGCAACAGUUCAAACCUCAAACUGACAUUGCCUUAAAAGGUGAACUUCCUCAGUAUGUCAAACAAAUCCUCAGGAGUAGGCCUACAUCUCUCAAUAAAGCAGAGACUCAAAACUUGCAGCAAAUAUGCAUGUUUGGUUGUGAUAAUGCAACAACAAUUUGGCUUUCAAAUGACUUCAAUAUAAGUAUGUUUGCUUCAAAUCUCAAAUCUCAUUUACUAUUUGACUACAGUACACUAUAAGAAAAAAGCCGGUAAACUCAGACUAAUUUAGCAUGCACACACAGACUCUUUUUUUGCCUGGUCAUUACCUUUGUGGGAAUGAUUCAUUUUAUGUGAGUGUGCUAUAAAUGAAAAUGUCUCUACUGUGGUAUGGUACAUUUAUUCCAGAGGACUGGACAAAAAAAAUCAUACAUUUGAAUCUGGGUAUAGUGCCAGUAUGCCUAGUGUUGAAUGUUUUUUGGAAGAUAGAUAAGUCCUGUUAAUUAAUUGAGUGUUCAUCAAGCCUAUAAUAUAUUUCAUGUUAUCCUUAUCCAAACUGAUGUUUUGUCUUGCCAAAAAUACAAAAUAAUUGAAUGUUUUAAAAACAUCAGCAAAGUACCACAAUCGAUUCUCUUCGUUAAACAGUUUUUGUGCGGCAUUAUAUCAACUAACGUGUAUAUACCGAUGAAGAAUAGAGCAGUUUACGCAGAUGCAUCAUACAAUAUAACAAGUGCUCCAUCUAGAGGUUAAUGUUCAACAGUACAACAGCACUGGUAUGCGGUUAAGUUUACAUUCAAAAUAACUGAUCUUUCCUCUUCUUCGAGUCCUCCCUAAGGAUGGAGGAGAACAGGGAAAUCGCGUUGUUAAACAAUCAACUUUAUUAUUAUGUAUGUUGAUAUAUGAGUUAAUGUAUGAGUGUUAAGUGAUUAUAUGAGUGUUUUGCAAUUAAUUGAAAGAGUCCCUAUUUUACCACCAGGUAUGAGACUGAUUAGUCAUACAACCCAUUUCAAAAUUGAUAUAAUUGUAUAAUCACAAGUUGUGUCUACAACGUCUACCUAUCUGUCGUACAUCGAGGUUGACUUUGAAACGCUUUGAAAUGCCUCAUUAACAACACCCCUGGUGGUAAAAAAUAAUCGCUUCAAUAAAUGCCAUCGCCUAGGCAUCGAUGGCUUACAGGAAAUAAGGACCUGCUGCAAAGCCUCAUUUCUUUGUGACCUGAAGUUCUUGUCUAUUUUGAUGAUUAUGACUACCACUCGAGAUCCUCUGGAGUCUUUGGAAAUUCCUAGGCUCAGAUCCAAGACAUUCAGUAGUUUUGAAAUCUUGGUUCAACGUGCUUGAAGCGGAGGAAAAAAUGUGACACAUAACUGUAUGUCUUGCAUCAUAGACCUCUCACUUUGGUCAAAGUACACAUUUUUAAUACAAUGUGAGAGUUUGUAAAAUAAUUGAAUAGAAAUACAUACAUUUUUCCAUUUGCCUUUAAAUGUGUUUAUCUGAAUGGAUAACAUAUUAUAUACUUGACAUAAAUAAGGCAGCCCUAUGAAUAUGUUAUUUCCGUAAUCAGCAAAACAAUUGUCUGUCAUGUCCAUCUUGUGCUUGGCUUUAUUUUAGAGCAUGCGUUUUUCCCCUGCCAUUUGAUUUAAACUAUUUUCAAACGCAAUCUCUU